AUGACAAGAAAACCUUGCGUCUAUCUUGUGGACUUUGCAUGUUACAAGCCGCCGCUUUCUCAGUCUGUCUCCAAAGCUGAAUCCCUGGAAAUUGUCAGAUCGCGCUGGAAAAACCUAAAACUAGAGACUUUGGAAUUUUUCAUUGCUUCCAUUGAGCGGUCUGGCUUAGGCGACUCCACUUACCUUCCGGAAGGGUUUCUCGAGAAACCCAUGGACGUUAGCAUGGCGGCAGCAAGGCGAGAGAUGGAACUUGUCAUAUUUGGGGCGGUCGAUAACCUUCUGGCCAAGACUAAAAUAAAAUUUAUAGCCUUAGCGGGAUGGGUUGCUCCGCAAGCCUUCGUGCUAUUGAGCUCGCCAAACAACUCUUACAGGUACGCUUUUGAUUUACGCACAGACAAAGCUAAGAUCGAACAAGAUCCACAUAUUAAUGAAAAAGAAUCUCACAUUUGUUUUCAGGUGCACCCUAAUUCGAAUGCACUAGUGGUUAGCACUGAGGGUUUGACACAACAAAGCUACACAGGAAACGAUCGUUCCAAGUUCAUAAUCAACAGUCUAUUCCGUGUAGGAGGGGCCUCCAUGCUCCUAUCUAACCGCCCGCCUAACUACCAUGAUCGCUUGCCCAAAUACGAGCUUAUCCAGGCCGUCCAUACGCACAUGGCUGGAAACUCGGACAGCUCUUACCGGUGCAUCUACAUGGAAGAAGACAACGAAGGGAAGACGGGUGUGAGCAUUGGGAAGGACUUACUUGGGGUGGGAGCCAAAGCCAUAAGAUCCAACAUCACAUCCUUGGCUAGGCUGAUCCUUCCGUUAGGGGAAAAACUUCGGUACAUGUCUGGCUUCUCAUCAGAUCUAGACUUGAAGAGCGUGUUUGAACAUUUCUUGCCACAUGUGGGAGGUAAACCAUUGUUGGAUGAGCUGCAAAAGAACCUAGGGAUAAGCAAUGAAGGAAUGGAACCUUCUAGAAUGACUCUCCAUAGGUAUGGGAAUGUUUCGAGUAGUAGUGUGUGGUAUGAGUUUGCUUAUAUAGAAGCCAAAGGUCGGGUGAAGAAAGGGGAUCGGAUUUGGCAGAUCACAUUCGGGGCUGGAUUCAAGUGCAGUAGCGUGGUUUGGAGAACGUUGAGGAGCGUUGCAUUGGAUGACGAGGGUUCUCAUGAGAUGAUGCUUAACCCAUGGAAAGAUGAGAUUGAUUCAUUCCCAGUAGAGAUGAAGAACAUGGGAAGUUUUUCAUACUUGCAUCCUCCAGGUGAAUUCCUCGAUGAAUAA